CCGUCAUGCCUCCCGCCGCCCCGUCCGUCGCCCGGAGCCGGGGAGGGAGGAGGAGGCUCGGACAGCGGCGGCGGCUCCCUGGCCUUUCGAUGAGCGCGCGGUGGACCCUCCCGCGCCCCCUCUCGCUCUGCCUCUGCCUUUGCCUGGCCGCGGUCGCGGCGCGGGCAACCGCGCAGUCUGGGUCAUGUAGGGAUAAAAAGAACUGUAAGGUGGUCUUUUCCCAGCAGGAGCUGAGGAAGCGGCUAACACCCCUGCAGUACCAUGUCACUCAGGAGAAAGGGACUGAAAGUGCCUUUGAAGGAGAAUACACACAUCACAAAGAUCCUGGAAUAUAUAAAUGUAUUGUUUGUGGAACUCCGUUAUUCAAGUCAGAAACCAAAUUUGACUCCGGUUCAGGUUGGCCUUCCUUCCAUGACGUGAUCAGUUCUGAGGCCAUCACGUUCACAGAUGACUUUUCCUACGGCAUGCACAGGGUGGAAACAAGCUGCUCUCAGUGUGGGGCUCAUCUUGGGCACAUUUUUGAUGAUGGACCUCGUCCAACCGGCAAAAGAUACUGCAUAAAUUCAGCUUCCUUGUCUUUCACACCUGCGGACAGCAGUGGCGCGGAAGGAGGCAGCGAGGUCAGCAGCUCAGCCCAGGCAGACAAAGCGGAGCUGUAGAGAAAUGGAGAGUGAUGGAAACAAAGUGUACUUAAUGCACAGCUUAUUAAAAAAUCAAAAUUGUUUAUCUUAAUAGAUAUAUUUUUUCAAAAACUCUAAGGGCAGUUUUGUGCUAUUGGUAUUUUUCUUCUUUUGCUUAAACAGAGGCCCUUUCCAUCCAUGUAUUUUGCUAUUGACUAGAUCCAGGACUGUUUAUAGCUUUUGAAAAUGGAGAUAGCUUUGUGAAACUUCUUCACAAGUCACUUAAGUAGCCUUUGGCAUUCUUUUCUUUGAGUACCUAACUUCUUUUGAGUUUUGUUGUUGUUAACUCUUGACUUAAGAGGCAGAGGUUUUUGGUCUUCAGAUGUGAAAGCAAAGUUCUAGCAGAGCAGGGACCAGAGCUGGGAUUGCCUGGCAUUGAGACACAUGGUCUUAAGGCGUUUUACAGAUCUACCUACGAUAAGGAUGAGGGAUGUCUAGGAGACUUCCCAGCUUUGUGGAAAGUCUGAGCUAAGGUCGUUUUUUUCUCACUAAAAGGGUGUGAAGGUCUAAAGUCUUUCCUUAUGUUAAAUUGUUGCCAGAUCUGAGGGGGCACUCUGAGUGUUGUGGCAGAGAAGUAAACAUUACCUCGCGGU